UCUACAAAACGGCAACCAAAUGUUGGUAACCUUUCACAGAAUAAUCAAGUUUGUGCGUAAAUUUGUUAAGAACUUCAGAGGCACAAGAAUGGCUUAUAGCUUUUUGGAAGUGAUGAUAUGUGAUUUAUUAUAAAAUUUGGCAAGCUGUUGCACUAGAAAUAUUGUCAAUUACUGUCAUUUGCUUUUUAGUUCUUACUAACUUGGUUAGGGAUAUGCUCUGGUUUACGUAAUUUUUCCCUUGAGUUAAAGUCAUAUACUAUAUUAUAUACUUAGGCAUAGCUCUCUUUUCUGCAUGAACAUUUAUAUUUCGACUUGUUAUGAAAUAAGCUGGAAAUUGACUGGCACUGCUUAAAUUAUCCAGAAGCAUUCUAUUCUUCUUAAUUAUACAUGCAGCCCUGGUGCAUGGUCUUGAUUGUUCUACCGGAAACAACUAUUAAGAUUUAGGAGCUGAGUUGUUAAAUCAAAUUUUGAUGUGAAAUUCGUAUAAAGCCAGUCACAAUUUCUGUUAGGAGAAUAUUGACAUGGUACUAACAUACUUAAUGGGUUUACUAGUUACCUGCAAUAUCAGCAGACACUUUAAUUUUCAACUGUGGCAUAGGUUUAGUUUUUAAGGAGCAUAAAGAAUUUGCUGUUCCAUUAUCCGAGAGGACUGGUACAAAAUAAAGUUCCUGUACCAAUGGCUGUUUGGAUACUGUAGUAACUCCAACAAUCCACCAACCAAUCUCAUGAAUCCCAAAUCUUUAUUUUUUAACCGAAAACUGUAGGUGAGGCCCUGACAGUAAUUUUUUAUUGAAGGCGGCAUGAAAAACACACGAAGGGGUAGUUAGAAGAAGAGGGGAGAAUGUACAAAGGGAAGGGGAAUAUACAAGAGGGGACUAUACAGAGAGCUAUAAAAGGGUGUCAAGAAUCCCAAAUCUAAUUAUUCCACUUCAUUAUACACUAGAUCUUGCCAAUCUAUUUUUAUUGCAUGAAACUUGUACUAUUAAAGCAGCUGUUCUAAUACAGUUUCUAGCAAUGAGACGACUGUACAAUAUGUCCAGUUCUGCCAUCAUAUUCUCAAAGUGGAUAGGUACUAGGGACAGGUAUUUCUUUGUGUUAAAUUAUUAGACCACAGACCACAGUUGAAUAGUACAUCCCAUCUGCAUGACAUUCUUUUCUGUCCAUCUGAAACCAUAUACCAUCACUGAUUAAUCGAGUAGAAAUAUCAUGGAAGAGUUAGGUGCUCCUAUCCUUUUGACCUAAUAAUGGCUCCUUUUCCCUGUGUUACAGAAAGACAAAGAGGCAUAUAUUGGUGUGUGUUUUCAAUUAGAUAUUUGAAUAUCUUUGUUACAGUGGGGAGGUCGUCGACACAAAUUGUUAGUCACUAGCUUUUCCUUGUACUUGCUAUAUUCACUAUUCAGGGCAAAUAUCUUCUGCUACUAAACAUCAUUGUUUUAAGUGAUGUUGCAAAUUGUAUGUAGUUUGUACAGCCAAUUACUUGACUGCAAAUUGGUGGACAGCACCUUUGUUCAAAACAUUCCGUAAGUUUGUAACAUCGACAGGGAUGUUGCAUGCUUCUAUCCUGGCACAAAUGGCCUUGUGAUAUUUUUUUAGGUACAACUAGUUAUGGUUAGGAUGCACUCUAGGCCUCCUGACCACUAGCUUUGCCUGCACUUACCCCUCUUCUUGUGACCUUUUUGCUUCUUUGUAGAGCUGUGUGUGUAGGCUUGUUGCUUUGCUUGUCUGGUUUUGUUAGCCUAGGUUGCUUUGUAUAUUGUGGUUUAAUUGGCCUGGUAAGUUUUUGCAUCUUCUCAGUGUGCUUCUUCCAAUACAAAACGACACAGAUGUUGAUGUGAGUUUGAGAAAAGAGUUGUGGUAAGUACCAAAGGCACCCUUAGAGCAUGGUUUCAAGUUUCAACAUAGAAAAAAAAGCAAGAAUAAAGGAUAUCUAUUAAGAUUGUGGGAUGAAAUGAAAUGACAAAGGCCUAGUCUCCCAGCAAAUCUGAGUGAUUCUAAUUCCUCCCUACAAAUUUAAUACACACUAGAUUAGUGUGGUGAGUCGAUGAAAUUUCUCGUGGCUCCCUCCUACAUAGGCUUGUCAACUCAUUGCCUACUGCUAACACAAAUCAACACCCACUCAAUACUGGGUAUUGUUGGUUUCCUCCUCUAUAUAAAUAGCACAUCUACGCUCACUCUUUGUUCCACAGAAACACGAGCAGCCACAAGUAGUGCCCAUUACUAGUCCCCUGACCUUUCUUGGAAAAUUUCUCCCUGCUGGGGAAACAGUAAAAGGGGAGGAGAAAAGGAAAAAUAGAGAGAUAUGAGUUCAUCGUGGACAGCAAAACAGAACAAGAUCUUUGAGACGGCGCUAGCGACGUAUGACGAGGACACGCCAGACCGCUGGCAGAAGGUGGCACGAGCAGUCGGUGAUGGGAAGUCAGUCGAUGAAGUGAAGAGGCACUAUGAAGAGCUGCUGAAAGACCUGCAUCACAUUGAGUAUGCAGGAGGCCGCCGCGGAUCCCUCUACAACAUCUCCGGCGCUAGCAGUAGCAACGGCAACUCCUGGGGCAGUGCCAAUGAGGACCACAGGAGAAGGUACCUCAAUCCUCAGUGAACGCGAUCUUGGAGGAGCUGAUCCGAAGCCUAUUGCAGCGGCGCUCUUACCAGCAAAGCCGAAACAUAACCGAGUCUCCCUGAGAUUACGUUUACUAUAUAUUUUUUGAGCUUAUGUGCUCUUGCGUUGUAUGUGUGUGUCGUCAUAGGUAGUAGACUUUCUACCAAAAGAAGAUGGGCACUAGACUUGUGUAGUGGUUUGAUGAAAAACUUCUAGCUGAGGUCGGGAGGGAGCGUGUGCUCCGGGCUUAAAAUAAAAAAUGGAUCCACACUGUUAAAAUUCUUGAAAAAAGUCAGACAUAUACUUGAAGUAUUGCAGCAUGUCUCUGCCAAGUUUGGUGCAAAA